CUGCCCGCAGUUCUUCCCGGGAGGCAGCCGGAUUAGGGUAGCUCGCCGAUGGCGACGAGGAAGACGAGAACAAUGAUAAAAAUUAAGCUACUAGGCAGUUUGGCUUAAUCCUUGUAGGAAGAACAGUGCUUUGGGAUUAGGACAGACGCGAGUAUGAGUUCUGGCUGUACCGAAGAGGUGUGUGAUUUGGGGUUUAACUGUGGGUUGGCCCGUUUUCUGGUCUGUAAGAUGGGUAAUAACAUCAUUUUGCUGGUCUGCUCUGACGAGCGAGUGCAUCACUGACACGUGGUUGGAACACCGUGGUUACCCUCCCUAGGCCAGGCAGACCCCUCAACCUGUCUUUUAAACAUGAAUGAUCCUUUCCCGACAUUCCGGGCUAGGUUCCUCUCUGUGGCCGCUGGUAGUGCCUCAUUCUUUCCCUAUAGUGUUGGUCGUGAUAUGCUGCUUGUUCGAACUCUGAGCUCCCCAGGGGCAGGGAUGCCACCUGUGAGGCUUAUGACUGGGUCUCCUAUGCCUCUCUCACAGAUGACUACCACAAGUUGUUGAAUAAAUGAGCAGGCGUUAACAUCCUAUUUGUUGGAUUAUUCAUUUGAUUAGGAAAACUAUUGGGUUUCUCUUGUUGGGGGUAUUAUGUUAGAAUCUGUGAGACACACAUAAGUCUAAGGUAUUGACACUAUUUUCAGAGGACCUGCUGUUUACUAGGAGAUAUGAGGUGUUUGCAUAAAUAAGUACAUGAAGAGGAAGAGAUUUAGAACUCUGGGGUUCCAGCGAUCAGGGAAUACUCUGUGGAGUGGCAUUGGACCAAGUUUAGAAGUGCCACUGGCUUUACCACCCGGUCGGACAUUGGGCCUGCCCGGGAUGCAAAUGAUCCUGUGGAUGACCGCCAUGCACCCCCCGGCAAGAGAACUGUCGGGGACCAGAUGAAGAAAAGCCAGGCUGCGGAUGAUGACGACGAGGAUCUGAAUGACACCAACUAUGACGAGUUUAAUGGCUAUGCCGGGAGCCUCUUCUCAAGUGGGCCCUACGAGAAAGAUGAUGAGGAAGCAGAUGCUAUUUAUGCAGCUCUGGAUAAAAGGAUGGAUGAAAGAAGAAAAGAAAGAAGGGAGCAAAGGGAGAAAGAAGAAAUUGAGAAAUACCGCAUGGAACGCCCCAAAAUCCAACAACAGUUUUCAGAUCUCAAAAGGAAGUUGGCAGAAGUCACAGAAGAAGAGUGGCUUAGCAUCCCUGAGGUUGGCGAUGCCAGAAACAAACGCCAGCGGAACCCGCGCUAUGAGAAGCUGACCCCUGUUCCUGACAGUUUCUUUGCCAAACAUUUACAGACUGGAGAGAACCAUACUUCAGUGGAUCCUCGACAAACUCAAUUUGGAGGUCUUAACACACCCUAUCCAGGUGGACUGAAUACUCCAUACCCAGGUGGAAUGACACCUGGAUUGAUGACACCUGGCACAGGUGAGCUGGACAUGAGGAAGAUCGGCCAAGCGAGAAACACUUUGAUGGACAUGAGGCUGAGCCAGGUGUCUGACUCGGUGAGUGGACAGACUGUGGUCGACCCCAAAGGCUAUCUGACGGAUUUAAAUUCCAUGAUCCCAACCCAUGGAGGGGACAUCAAUGAUAUCAAGAAGGCACGACUGCUCCUCAAGUCUGUUCGGGAGACAAACCCUCAUCACCCACCAGCCUGGAUUGCAUCAGCCCGCCUGGAGGAAGUCACUGGGAAGCUGCAAGUAGCUAGAAACCUUAUUAUGAAGGGGACGGAGAUGUGCCCCAAGAGUGAAGAUGUCUGGCUAGAAGCAGCCAGGUUGCAGCCUGGGGAUACGGCCAAGGCCGUGGUGGCCCAAGCGGUUCGUCACCUCCCACAGUCUGUUAGGAUUUACAUCAGAGCAGCAGAGCUGGAAACGGACAUCCGAGCCAAGAAGCGGGUGCUUCGGAAGGCCCUUGAGCAUGUUCCAAACUCGGUUCGCUUGUGGAAGGCGGCUGUUGAGCUGGAAGAGCCCGAAGACGCUAGAAUCAUGCUUAGCCGAGCUGUGGAGUGCUGCCCCACCAGCGUGGAGCUCUGGCUUGCUCUGGCGAGGCUGGAGACCUACGAAAAUGCCCGCAAGGUCUUAAAUAAGGCCCGUGAGAACAUCCCUACAGACCGGCACAUCUGGAUCACGGCUGCCAAGCUGGAGGAAGCCAAUGGAAAUACGCAGAUGGUGGAGAAAAUCAUUGAUCGUGCCAUCACUUCCCUGCGGGCCAAUGGUGUGGAGAUCAACCGUGAGCAGUGGAUCCAGGAUGCCGAGGAGUGUGACAAGGCUGGGAGUGUGGCCACCUGCCAGGCGGUCAUGCGUGCCGUGAUUGGUAUUGGGAUUGAGGAGGAGGAUCGGAAGCACACCUGGAUGGAAGAUGCCGACAGUUGUGUGGCCCACAACGCCCUGGAGUGUGCGCGAGCCAUCUAUGCCUACGCCCUGCAAGUGUUCCCCAGCAAGAAGAGUGUGUGGCUGCGGGCUGCGUACUUCGAGAAGAACCAUGGCACCAGGGAGUCCCUGGAAGCACUCUUGCAGAGGGCCGUGGCCCAUUGUCCCAAAGCGGAGGUGCUGUGGCUCAUGGGCGCCAAGUCCAAGUGGCUGGCAGGGGAUGUGCCGGCGGCAAGGAGCAUCCUGGCCCUGGCCUUCCAGGCCAACCCCAACAGUGAGGAGAUCUGGCUGGCAGCCGUGAAGCUGGAAUCUGAGAAUAACGAGUAUGAGCGGGCCCGGAGGCUGCUGGCCAAAGCACGGAGCAGUGCGCCCACUGCCCGGGUGUUCAUGAAGUCUGUGAAGCUGGAGUGGGUGCUUGGGAACAUCGCGGCUGCCCAGGAGCUGUGUGAGGAGGCCCUGAAGCACUACGAGGACUUCCCCAAGCUGUGGAUGAUGAAAGGGCAGAUCGAGGAGCAGGAAGAGCUGACAGAGAAGGCUCGGGAGGCCUACAACCAGGGGUUGAAGAAAUGUCCCCAUUCCACACCCCUGUGGCUUUUGCUUUCCCGGCUGGAGGAGAAGAUUGGACAGCUGACCCGAGCUCGGGCCAUUUUGGAGAAGUCUCGCCUGAAGAACCCGAAGAACCCUGGCCUGUGGUUGGAGUCAGUGAGGCUGGAGUACCGUGCGGGCCUGAAGAACAUUGCCAACACACUCAUGGCCAAGGCGCUGCAGGAGUGCCCCAGCUCUGGUGUCCUGUGGUCUGAAGCCAUCUUCCUCGAGGCAAGGCCCCAGAGGAAGACCAAGAGUGUCGAUGCCCUGAAGAAGUGUGAGCAUGACCCCCAUGUGCUGCUGGCUGUGGCCAAGCUGUUCUGGAGUGAGCGGAAGAUCACCAAGGCCAGGGAGUGGUUCCUCCGCACGGUGAAGAUCGACUCGGACCUGGGGGACGCCUGGGCACUCUUCUACAAGUUCGAGCUGCAGCAUGGCACGGAGGAGCAGCGGGAGGAGGUGAGGAGGCGCUGUGAGAACGCUGAGCCGCGGCACGGGGAGCUAUGGUGUGCCGUGUCCAAGGACAUCGCCAACUGGCAGAGGAAGAUCGGGGAGAUCCUCGUACUGGUGGCAGCCCGCAUCAAGAACACCUUCUGACUGUCGGGUCCCUGUAGGGCGGGGGCCUUGGGGCAGCAGUGAAGGAGUGUGUGGUGGUGAAGAAGGGAGUGGAAGCUGUUAGUCAUGCUCUUUAAUUCAAGGUUUUCUGGGUCGCGUUGGAGUUGGUGACCUGCUGGCUUUCUCUGGGCCCGCCCCGGCACGUGCGUUGCCGCCCCAGUCUAGUCUCCCGUGCUGUUUGGGGCUCACUUCUUGCAGACAGCCCGUGCCCCGCAGAGGAAGCACGGGGGAAGCCGAGUGCCUCACAGGAUUUUGUGGAGAAGGUGGUAGAAGUGCGCAUGCUGUGUGGGAACAGCUAGGGUGGCUCUCCUGGUGACUGGUCUGUCCCCUAUCCUCUGGCAGUCCCUGUCACAGGUCUGCAGACACAGAGGAAGUCUGCAGUCUCCUGGGCACCAAGCUGCAUGAAAGUGCCCACGGGGCAGGUGCCUUCCCCCUGUCAGAGUGCAGACGGCAGGCCAGCUCCCUCAAGUGUGUUGCUAGAGGAUCGCUGGAGGCCCCCUCGGGGCUGUGUUGAAGGAAGAUGUCACAGUAAGAGGUUUUCCACGUUUGCAGAUGAAUUUCUUUUUGCUAGUUUAUAACCAGCAGUUUUGUCCUAAAGCACUCGUAAAUGUCCUCAUCUCUAGAUUGAAAAAUGCAUCCCCUGGGAGACUAGCAUGUUUUCACCAUCUAUGCUGUGUGAAGAUAAAGGGCUUUCUUUGGA